CUUAUUAUUACAGAUAACAAUAAAGCCGUCUCUCUUGUCCAAAAUACUAAAUCCUUCCCUAUCUACUCCUCCAUAACCAUCUUCUCAAAUCUCCUCCACACAUAAAGAAGAACUAGUAACAAAAACCAGAGGAUCUCUUCUUGAUUAGACCGAAUCGUUUUGAAGAUAUGUUGAGUCCCUUUUCGUCACCGAGGAGAUCGAGAAAAGGAAGCAAAGAAAGCAAGAAUCCUUAUUCAAACCAAGGACUUGAAAAGUUCUCCGCACUUCUAUCUGAUUUAGAUGAGAAAAGACAGAGCAUUUACGCCAAGAGGCUUGAUUCCGAUGGUCCGCCUCUUGUCCGGUUUAUGUUCACCAGCUCCGGCGAGUGCGUCCCUGUGAUGAUCAAAACAAAGAGGGCAGGUCAGAAGAAGGAUGUUCAAGAUGAUUUCAAGGUCGCGAGCGAAUCAAAAACAGAGGAAGAGAAAGAAACGAAGAGAACAGAGUCAGAAACAGAGCAGAAACAGAGAUGUGUAUUAUUGAACGAAAAUCUGAAGAAGAUUUCUAGACCGAAGCAUUUUUUGCCGAUGACAGUGGUGUUGGUUCUGAUCUUCUUGGCGUUUUUCGGACGAACCGUCUCAAUCAUGUGCACUUGUAUUGUUUGGUACUUGGUUCCAAUGAUCAAGGAACAGAGCAGAAACAGAGGAUCAUCAUCAUACGCGACAAAGAAGAAACUUAAUAUCGAAAACAGAGCAGCAUCGUUUAACGAGAAUAAGGCUCGUGACCAAACUGUUCUUAAGAAUAAAUCUCCGCAUCUAGCUGCUCCUGGUAAAACUCGGUGACGAGUUUUCAAACUCGUUUUUUUUUUCCUUUUGGGUUUGUGAAAGUUCUUUUAUUCUUUUCAUCUAACAUUUUUUCCUUGAUUUGUUUGUUUUGUUAAGUUUUGAAACAGAUACCUAAAACCUCUUUUUUUUUUAUCCUCUUUAGUGAAAUGUAACUAUUCAAACAUAUAAUUUUCUAGGUCGUGGUUUAAGUGUGUUCCUGAUUCAAUCGUGUACAAAAUUUCGUUGUAAUUGAUAAUCUGUAAAUGUUAAUUUUUCUUUUUUUU